AUGACACCAAACUUGCCAGACUCUGAAGAUUAUGCGUAUCCAAAAGUUCACAAUUCAACUACAGAUAUUACCAAUGGACACAUUCUAGGUUUCUCUACUCGAGCUAUUCAUGUUGGUCAGAGCCCUGAUCCAACGACUGGGGCAGUUAUACCUCCAAUCUCGUUAUCAACAACAUUCGCUCAAGAUGGUAUUGGUGUGCAUAAGGGAUUUGAAUAUUCUCGAAGUGGUAAUCCAACUCGCCAGAACUUUGAACAGGCCAUUGCGGCUCUCGAAAAGGCUGAUUACGCCAUUGCCUUUAGUUCAGGAUCGGCCGUAACCACAACAAUAGUAACGGCACUUGCUCAAGGCGGCCAUGCGAUCAUUGUAAACGAUGUUUACGGUGGCACUUAUCGAUACUUUACCAAAGUAGCAGCCACCCAGGGCAUCCGUUCGACGUUUCUUGAUCUCUUGGAUCCUCAAAAUAUCGAAAAUGCAUUUCAAGCAGAUACGAAACUCGUCUGGAUCGAGACACCGACUAAUCCUACUCUACGAUUGGUAGACAUUCAUGCAGUGGCGAGAAUAACACAUCAGCAUAACGCCAUCCUCAUAGUCGACAACACAUUCAUGUCUCCAUACUUUCAGAAUCCACUCGAUUUAGGGGCUGAUAUCGUUGCCCAUAGCGUAACAAAAUAUAUCAAUGGUCAUUCCGAUGUGGUAAUGGGUGUAGCGGCGACAAAGAACAAAUUUAUAUACGAUAAAUUGGCAUUCUUUAUUAAUGCCAUGGGUUCUGUUCCCAGUCCAUUCGAUGCAUGGCUGGCUAAUAGAGGUUUGAAGACUCUUGCACUGCGAAUGAGACAACACGAGAAUAAUGCAAUGGCAAUAGCCAGAGCAUUGGAGGGACACGAUAGUGUGGAAGAGGUAAUUUAUCCAGGAUUGGAAAGUCAUCCUCAACAUGCAUUAGCAAUGAAGCAGAUGAAGGGAUUUGGUGGAAUGAUUAGUUUUAGGAUAAAGGGAGGUUUUCAGGAGGCAGAGACAUUCUUGAAGAAUACAAAGUUGUUCACGUUGGCCGAAUCAUUGGGAGGUGUCGAAUCAUUAGCUGAACACCCGGCCCGAAUGACGCAUGCUUCACUAUCCGAGGAAUCACGAUUAGCAGUCGGUGUGACCGAUAAUUUAAUUAGACUAUCAAUCGGUAUUGAAGAUGUCGAGGAUCUGUUGGUUGAUGUCGUUAACGCACUAGAGAAAGCAGUCCCUCGAGUAUAG